AUGUCGCUCCCUGUGGCCAUUCGUUCGGUCAUUUUCUACUACCUGGCUUGCACGCCAUGCAAUGAUGCCAAGGGGCGGUACAGGGCCAAGCAAAAGGCCGAGAAAGAUCGCGAGAACAAGGCGACGCUCGAGAUGGAACAGCCCGGCCUGUACGCCCACCCAUCACCAUGGAACACGAACCCGUACUGGCAAGAGGAGAUUGAUAUCGGACCCAAGCUCCCGAAGAAGUCGAUGCCGGCGAGGCCCAUCUCCACGACGGGCCGCACCAGUCCCACGAUCAUACCAGAAGACGACGGCACCAGGAUAUCGGGCGACGGCUGGAACAAGACGCGCUACCAGCGAGAGGACGAGGAGCUAUGGGGCGGCGACCUCAGCAAGAUGGGCCAUAAGUUGGUGGACAACAUCGUCAAGGCCGGAAACUCGGCCGGUCGCAUGAUCAAGGGCGAGCUCAGCAAGGAGAGGCAGGUCACCGAGGAGGAGCGCCGCGACUUUUACUUUACGCCCAAGAACCCUCCUGUGAACGAGUAUCACCCGCCCAUCGUCGGCAGCACGCCCGUCCACAAGAAUGCGCUUCAGUGGAUGCUGCAACCUCCACCGACCGCCAAGCUCAUGGAAGGCCGUGUCCCUGUCAGCAGGGCGAAGAGCUCGAGCAGCGUCGCGAGCCGGGGCAGCAGGGCGAGCAAGGCCAGCAGGGCGGCGACGACAGAGGACACCCCUCUGGGCCGCAUCGUCAGGGAAAAGGCGCUGCAGGAGAAGCUUCGCAAGCAGGAGACGCCGUCGGAAACGGAGCUCAUCGACGCGCUCAUCGGCUCGCGGUCGAGGCAAACAUUGGUCUCCACCAGGGGCAGGAGCAUGCGCAGCCGCAGCCUCUCGCUGGAAUCGGAGAUGUACUCGGAGCCAUCGACCGACAGCGAGCUCGUCGAGCGGAGAAAACAUGCGCGCCGGCAGCCCAAGUACCAGGACGCGGACGGGUCGAGCGACGACGAGGACUUGGAUGCCUUGAGGCAGAGCCCGCGACUCGUUGCGCGCGCGAGGGUCAACGCGGGUGGCGGCACGACCCAGACUCGGCACCAUCCGCAGCUCAGGCACCGGCCACAGCACGCCGAGAGCGGCGCUAGCGGCCAAGCCUACGAACACGAGGGCGGAGAGCAUCACGCCGCAGCCCUCUUCGCCGACGGCGCCGGCCAAGCCUACUUGGGAAGACGCAGGGUUUUUCUGCGCUGA